AGAGCCGGCUCCCCGCCCCGCAGGGCUUGCCUGUGUAGUUACGAGGCUGAGCUAACAAAUGUGCUGUUUUAACAGGAAAAAAAAGUAUUUCGGAAGCGGAGUAGGCACUUUAAAAACCGGCGGCACGGUCCCCUACGGCUCUAGGUCGUCUCUGCCGCACCUCAGCCGCCCCGCAACGAGCCCUCAGCCAACUCGCCCUCCUCCCCGCUGCCCGGGGCCAGGCGUUGCCUGCCCGCGGGCUUGCAUACACCCACCCGGGGCGGGGGAAGAAGCUUUAGCGCAGCCCCCGCGGUACGCCCGCCCUCCCGCCGGCCUCCUCUGCCUCCGGGGCGGGGAGCGGCGAACGCAGGACCCGGAGCGGGCGGGUCCGCGGCGGCGGGUUGGGGCGGGAUGUUGCUGGCGCUGCCGGACGGCGAUGAGCGGGAGCUGGAGAGCAGCGAGGAGGGCGGCGGUGCGGGUGAGGAGCGGCGGCCGGAGCGGCACGGCAGCACCUACCACAGCCUCUACGGUUACCGGAGCUGCAGAUCCUCACAGCAGGGAGCAGACAGUGGGAAUGGCAGUCCCAGCAGUGCGGCGGCAGAGACACCCUCCAGCGAAGACUUCAGCCUCUCCUUGCUGGACACUAACUUACCAGCUGAAGCGGAGACUGAAUUGCGCAGUUUUAUCAUUAAGCGUCUUACUAAAGGAGCCCUGUUUGAAGGAAUGGGGAAUGUAGCGUCAGUGGGGCUGAGCAUACCAGAAUAUAGAGUUGGUUGUUAUUACUGUCGUUUCCAACAAGAAAAUCUUCUAGAAAUGGCAACAGUGGAAUCGGACACCAACAAUGCUCCAGAAUACGUGGUUUGUUUCUUAGGUGGCUCAGAGAAAGGUCUGGAACUUUUCAGACUUGAGCUGGACGGAUACAUUCAAAGUCUGAAGAUAAACCUUGAUUUGGAGCAAAAAACCUUGGAGACCUAUGUUAACCCCUACUUCAGAAGCUGGUUUGAGAAUGCCAUAUGCCCUAUUCAGAGAGUAGUACAGCUCUUCCAGGAGAAACUCACCUUUUUGUUACAUGCUGCUUUGAGUUAUACUCCUGUGGAAGUAAAAAACGCAGAUGAAAGAACAGAAAAAGACAUUAGCAGGUUUCUGGCAGCUGCCAGCCUCCAAGGACUCGUUCAGGAAGGCACAAUGACCUCCUUGUGUAUUGCCAUGACUGAGGAACAGCACAAGUCAAUGAUUAUAGACUGUAGUGGACCUCAGCCUCAGUUGCGUAAUGCAGGAAGCAACAGAUUCUGUGAGGACUGGAUGCAUGCUUUUGUGAAUGGUGCUGAAGGUGGAAAUCCAUUUCUCUUCCGGCAGAUUUUGGAAAACUUUAAAUUGAAGGCUAUACAAGACAUUAACAACCUGAAGAGGUUUAUCCGCCAGGCUGAAAUGAACCACUACGCCUUGUUCAAGUGUUACGUGUUUCUAAAGAACUGUGGCAGUGGAGACAUCCUUUUGAAGAUUGUUAAAGUAGAACAUGCAGAAAUGCCAGAAGCCAGAAAUGUAGUGACCGUCCUUGAGGAAUUCAUGAGAGAAACAUCAGUAGCUUAAAGUUAUCUUAAUUAUUCUGUACUCAUUUGAGGGUAUUGUAUAAAUCAUUAAUUUCUUCUGUGCAGCUUAGUUUCACUAUUGCAGGAUUUUUAAUUUAUAUUUAAAAGUAUUGCCCAAGUCAAACCUAAGUUGCAGUUUCAUCUGCCUUUUCUCUUUUUUAGAGAAAGCAGUAUGAGCUUUUUUUAAUGUGUAAAUAUCGGAUCAGACAAACUCCUGCAUAGUUUUCAGUGCUUACCAGAUUCUCCAAAUUACUUGCUCCUUUUCUGAGGAAAUCAUGACAUUUGGUUUUUACAGUCAUUGCAUGAAAAAAAAACCAAAACCAAACAAAUCCCUUACCUGGCAAGCAUUUCAGUGUUUUAAAUAUUUUAAAUAUCUUUAAAAUGAUCAUGUCUAAUCAUUAAGAUCUGGUUACUUUUGUUUUAAUACAUAACGAAGCACAAACAUCUGCAUAAGUCAGAAUAAAUCAAUCAUAUUUGUUUUUGUUUAUGUUUAUAUAAGAGAACAUUGGUAACAAGUCUGUAGCUAGUUUCCACAUUCUACUUUCAAAGUGGCAGUUUGUUCUGCUGGUACUAGAUAAACAAGUUGUUAAUUGGUAUGAAACAGAACUGCCUUAAGAUUGAACAGAGUUUUAGGAAUCAGUUUGUAUGUGCUUGUAUGUAUGCAUACAUACACUGGACAGACAUGUUAAAUUCCCAGGCUAUCUGAUGAAUUCCCUUCUUAAUUAGUUUAUGUUGUGAUCAAGACCUUCUUUGUGUGUUCUUAGUACCUGGUUUGCAUAACUGUAAAUAAUGGUAUGUUUUUCAACCGUGGAGAAUUAAACCUGAAAAUUUUACAGAUUAAAUAUUAACUUUAAAUUAAUAGAAACUUCUUCAGAAAUUGAAGUAAACUUAGUUCCCAAGUUAAUUAUUCAGACUUUUUAAAACAUUUCAUUGUAUUUCAGCAAUGAAUUCUUACCCACACCAUAGGACAUUUAGACAGCAGAAUAAUUGAAGAAAAUCUUUGGCUACAGCUGGAAUCAAAACUCACGAGCCCCCUGAGUGACCACAUCAUAAACAAGGACUAGCUCUGCAAACCCGAUACCAGCAAAACUUCCUGUUGCUUUCCUUUGCAGCAGAGGGUCUUGUUUGAACACUUGACCUGGGGCAUUUGAACAACUCUCCCUGAAACAGUAACUAACAGUCUUAUUAAUGCAGUUAAGUUGGACUGUUCUGCCAGUGCUGUAUACUGUGAUGAUAAAAGUUCAAUGCUUUCCUGUAACACCACUGUGUUGAACCUAUAAUAAGGUUUACAAUAAAACACAUUUGAAUCCUCAA